AUGGCCUUCACAUGCGAUGCCAAGGACCCGCGCGCGCCCAGCUGGCUCAAGUGCGUCUGUCGCAACCUGCGCUGGGUGCCGUUCGUCUUCAUCUUUGGCCUUAUCUCGUUUGCCUACCUCACCGUCACCAUCUCGCUCGCGCUGCGCUACCACCUCGCUCGCAAGCACGAAUGGGGAUCUGCGAUCAUCGAGCUGCUGCUCUCUACUGCGCUCGCUGGCGGUGCAGUAUGGUCGUUCGUCGUUGCGGUCUUCCGCGAUCCGGGCUCUCCUGGCCGUUCAGGGGACCGGGAAAGAAGGGGCGGUGCGCGACCUGCGAGCGAGUACGAGUUAGGCGGCGAGCCAGAGGAAGAGGCUCAAUCUCUCAUGCGUCGGCAACAUCCGGGGCAGGGCCGACCAUCGGGUGACGUGGAUCACCACGGCAGACAAGACGAGCAGGACGGUGGGGCUGCUCGAGCCGCGCUGUUCAGUGUGCCGAUUCCAGGCCAGCCGCAGUAUCCGGCGCGGUCGGGUCGGGAGCAGCUGGCGGACCUGCAGCGGCUGCGGAGCCACGCCUCGUCGGCAACAGGCGCAGCAAUCGAGCGACGCGCCAACAUCUGGGUCAAGUCGAGCGGCGAGUCGCGCUGGUGCAACAAGUGCGAUGCGCCCAAGCCGGAUCGCUCUCACCACUGCAGCACCUGCAAGCGGUGUGUGCUGCGCAUGGACCACCACUGCCCCUGGCUCGCCAACCGCUGCGUAGGCCUGCGCAACCACAAGGCCUUCUUCCUCUUCAUCAGCUAUACGGCGCUCUUCUGCGUGUACUGCUGCCAGGAGACCGCACGCGCGCUGCUGCGGUACGUCGAGUACGAGCAGAACGGCUUUGAGUCGAGCCCAAUCACCUGGGCGGUGGUGCUCUUCCUCGGCUUCAUCUUUGGCGCGAGCCUGGUGCCGUUUGCAGGCUAUCAUGCGUGGCUCAUCUGCAAGAACCGCACCACGAUCGAGAGCAUGGAGGGCUCCGGGCGCAUCCGGCUGCGCGUCAAGCGCGAUGCGGCACGCCCGCGCGUCGAAGACCGGCUGCGCAGUGCCAUGCGUACGUCCACCGACGCGCCUCCACCAGCACCAGCGCAAAGCGUCGAUGACGACUCGGUGUACGGCGAUACGGACGCGAGUCGGUUCGGAUACAACGAGCAUGCCGAGCAUGCCGAGCACGCCGAGCACGACGAGCGCGACGACGGGCUGGAUCGGAGAGCGGGUCAGCGAUUCAGCGGUGCCCACGGCGAGAUGGAGUGGGGCGACACGCCUAAAAAGUCCUUUGUGCUGUUUGGCGUGGACGACGACGACAAGCAUGCGUGA